UCGGGCCUAGUCCGGACUCGCCGCCGCCGCCGCCAUAUUCCCGGUAACGGGGGCGCGCGGCCGGGGGCCGGCUGGGCCGGAAGAGGGCUCGGGGACGGCGCUGAGGCGGGGAGGGGUGGCAUCUUUUUUACCUUGUCCAUUUUCCGGGCUCGAGAUCUUCCUUCCGGAGCCAUGUCAGAAGGAGUGGACUUGAUUGAUAUAUAUGCUGACGAGGAGUUCAAUCAGGACCCAGAGUUCAACAAUACAGAUCAGAUUGACCUGUACGAUGACGUGUUGACAGCCACCUCACAGCCCUCAGAUGACAGAAGCAGCAGCACUGAGCCGCCACCUCCUGUUCGCCAGGAGCCAUCUCCCAAGCCCAAUAACAAGACCCCUGCAAUUCUCUACACCUACAGUGGCCUGCGUAAUAGGCGAGCUGCUGUCUAUGUGGGCAGUUUCUCCUGGUGGACCACAGACCAGCAGCUGAUCCAGGUUAUUCGCUCUGUAGGAGUCUAUGAUGUGGUGGAGUUGAAAUUUGCAGAGAAUCGAGCAAAUGGCCAGUCCAAAGGGUAUGCUGAGGUGGUGGUAGCCUCUGAAAACUCUGUCCACAAGUUGUUGGAACUUCUGCCAGGAAAAGUUCUUAAUGGAGAAAAAGUGGAUGUGAGGCCAGCCACCCGCCAGAACCUGUCACAGUUUGAGGCACAGGCUCGGAAACGUGAGUGCGUCCGAGUCCCAAGAGGGGGAAUACCUCCACGGGCCCACUCCCGAGAUUCUAGUGAUUCUGCUGAUGGACGGGCCACACCCUCUGAGAACCUUGUACCCUCAUCUGCCCGUGUGGAUAAGCCCCCCAGUGUGCUGCCCUACUUCAAUCGCCCUCCUUCAGCCCUUCCCCUGAUGGGUCUGCCCCCACCCCCAAUUCCACCCCCACCACCUCUCUCCUCAAGCUUUGGGGUCCCUCCUCCUCCUCCUGGCAUCCACUACCAGCAUCUCAUGCCCCCUCCUCCUCGAUUACCUCCUCAUCUGACUGUACCUCCCCCUGGGGCCAUCCCACCUGCCCUUCACCUCAAUCCAGCCUUCUUCCCCCCACCAAAUGCCACAGUGGGGCCUCCACCAGAUACUUACAUGAAGGCCUCGGCACCCUAUAACCACCAUGGCAGCCGAGAUUCGGGCCCUCCGCCCUCUACAGUGAGUGAAGCAGAAUUUGAAGAGAUCAUGAAGCGGAACAGAGCAAUUUCCAGCAGUGCCAUUUCCAAAGCUGUAUCUGGAGCCAGUGCAGGGGAUUACAGCGACGCGAUUGAGACGCUGCUCACAGCCAUUGCUGUUAUCAAACAGUCCCGGGUCGCCAAUGAUGAGCGUUGCCGUGUCCUCAUCUCCUCCCUUAAGGACUGUCUUCAUGGCAUUGAAGCCAAGUCUUACAGUGUGGGUGCCAGCGGGAGCUCAUCCAGGAAAAGACAUCGGUCCCGAGAGAGGUCACCAAGCCGGUCCCGGGAAAGCAGCAGGAGGCACCGGGACCUGCUUCAUAAUGAAGAUCGGCAUGAUGAUUAUUUCCAAGAAAGGAACCGAGAGCACGAGAGACACCGGGAUAGAGAACGGGACCGGCACCACUGAGAAAGGUGGGAUGAAGCCUCAUUGCUGGCUGGUUGAUGAUCUCUUAUGAAAGAAAAAUUAUUGAUAGUAAAGAUUUCUCUCUCUCCUUUUAAAACAAGAAAAGGGUAUGGGAAGACUUCCUGUUUAGGUAACCAAAAAUUCAGGAGGGCAGGUUUUCUGCUUGUUUGUGAGGAGUCGCACCCUGAAAUGGACCUGAGAUUAAGCUAUUUUUGCUUGUUUUUUGACUGCUUUCACCUGGUAUCUGAGACAACACGGCAUAAUGGCUAAGAACACAGUGUCUGCAGGUAGAUGCCAGGUUAUGAAUUCCAGCUCCUCCAGCCAUAUUACUUUCUGUUCCUCAGUUUCCUCAUUUGUAAGUGGAGAUAAUAAAAGCGACUGUCUCAUUGGAUUGCUGAGUAUUCAGUGAGCUAAUCCAUAUAGAGCAUUUAGCACUCAUAGUACCUGUCACAUAGUAAAUUCUCAAUAAAUGAUAGCUAUUGUUAUUAUCAUUGUUAUGUUUUAUUUGUUUAUUAUUUAUUUACUUUCUUUUUGGUUGCGCCGUGUGGCCUGCGGGAUCUUAGUUCCCUGACCAAGGAUCGAACCCGUGCCCCGUGCAUUGGGAGCACGGAGUCUUAACCACUGGACCGCCAGGGAAGUCCCUCAUUGUUAUACUUUAACCCCACCAAACUUUCAAAUGAAAAAAUCAGGAAAAUUGACCAAGACAGAAAAAAGUAAGACCAUUGCCUACUUGUAAGUUUUCAAGGUGCAACAUUAAUGAUUUUUAAGAAUUAAUAUGUAUUAAAAAGAUUUUGAAAAUCAGGAUACUUUAGUCAGGAGAAAGCUGAUCUGAAAAAAAUUAUCUUUAAAGCUUUAGAGACUGUGGAGGAUAUUUCAAUGGCAGGAUAUAAUUGUUUUGGAAAAACUUACAGUGAUUUUUUUUUUUUUUUAAUAAAGCAAAACAAAGGCAGGAGAGUUAGGGGUGGGGAACUACAUUAACUCAAGUAACUGAAAAGUUGAGUUAGGCUUGGCUGGUUCAGGGGCUUCAGCUCUGUUAUUUUCAUUCUCACACUCCAGGUUACAUCCCACCAGCUUGGCAAUCCCAACUGAAAACAAGCUUCCAACAAAGACUGUUUCUAGUAUAUAAGCAAGCAAGAGCAGUUGUUGACUCUGUUUCUUUGGAGAUCUGUAAAAGUAGUCGAGACUCUGGCGGGGAUGGUACGUUUGUGGUUCCUGAAGGCUGUUGCAUGACCCAGGUGACUUUGGGGUCUCUUCUCAAUUUUGUGGCUUCACAUCAAGUACAUUAGGAUAAUGUCCUUGGUGUUUGGCUGAUUUGGUUGGUCUGAAGUAAUGGUAAUUGUGGAAGGUGAGUAGGAAUAGUUCUGCUUGGUAUCUUUGGGGUGGAUAGAUGGAUGACUGGAUGCAGAAAGGAAAAGAAACCCUCCCCUCUUCUUGUGAGUGCCUGUAGUUCACAAGCGGUAGCUGGACUGUAAACUGUUGCCUAGUGACAACCUACUAAACAAGUAAGAAAGGAGUCUUGUUAUGUUUGGCUACUGCCCUCUACUUUGUUGUUUCUGCCAUUAACUUAAGCGGAGUUUUAAACAGCGUUGGCCUAACUGAGUCUCAGGCAGUGGGCGGGAGGGUGGGUAGAGUGGGUCUGUGAUCGAUCUCAUCCCUCCUGUAGCAGUAGCAGCAUUUCCCUUGUUUGAGCUAGCACAGUUGCUAGUGUUGCUUGUAGAUUCAGUAUCAGUCACCACCCUCCCCAGUCCUGCAGCCCACCGUGUGUGUCCUUUGGAGCUGACUAGGAUAAGAGUGACGAAGGAGGUAGUACUUGGUCUGUGCAAAGCAUGAAUUAUAGUCUCUGGGGCCACGUAGGUUAGUAGUCGGAACGUGUAACUGCAUGUCACUGUUCUUGGCGGCUUUGCUCCUGACAGCCUUUUGAUAGAAAAAUUGUGAGAUCCUCUGAUCAUUAGAACUUCGGGGAUUGAACACCUGAACCUGAGACUUCAGCUGUCAUCUUGCUUCAUUUUUUUUCCACCUGUAAAGUGGGACUUUUCUUCCAUUAUGAGGAUGAUUCAAUUUGAAAAACUGAAAAAUCCUAUAACCCAGUAGUUCCCAGAAAACAGUCAUUUGGCUGGUGCAGGCCUAUGACAAAUGAGGAAAAUUAACUCUUGAGGCAGGUUUUCCAGUUCCCCACUUUUCCUAGUCACCCCUUUAGGUACGUUGGUUAUUCCUUCUGGUUAAUUAGUCCAAAAGAACUGAAUUUGACCCCCCAAAAAUGUCCAUUUCUCACAUUCUCAUCCUGGGAUUCUUAACUUCUUCUGCAGGUACCAAGUUGUGACUUAGGAGAUGUCAUGUUGAGGAGAUGGUGCCUGGGCCUCAUUUACCUUGAUAACUUUGCAAGCUCUGAGUACAAUACCUUUUAGUUAGAAAAUACUAGUAUUUAUACUAUACGGAGAGCUGUUCCCUGAGAGCAAGGGUAUAUUCCAUCCAGGGGCAGCGAAAACCAGCAGGCUUUUUUGUCCAUCCUUCCUCAGGAUGGGCACGACCUCUGGGACCUGAAGUCUGAUUGACCCACUUUGUCCUCUGUCUGCAUUCAAACAUUACCACCAAAAUGGAGCUAUAACCUCUAAGAAAUGGGUGCUGUUCAGUUGACCCUUGAGCAGUGUAGGGGUUAGGGGAGCUGACCUCUGCGUAGUCAAAAAUUCGAGUAUAACUUUAUAGUCAGCCCUCCAUUUCUGCAGUUCUCCAUCCACAGAUUCAGCCAACCUCAGAUUCUGUUGUAGUACGUAUUUAUUGAAAAAAAAUCAGCAUGUAAGUAAACCAGCGCAGUUCAAACCUGUAUUUUUCAAGGGUCAACUGUAGUUUACUUCUGAUGCAUUAGUUAUCCUCUGAGUCUUGUUUUGUAGCAACAGUUCCCAAAUUACAUCACUUUUGUGGUAUACGUGUGUACGCUUUGGAGUUUGAGGAUAUUCUUAGGUUGUCUGUGGCUUCAAGUUUUUGUAGUUGUUGGCUGUUGUCUCAUUAUUUUAGGACAUUAUCCUGCUUGAAAUAUAGUAAUUCUCACCUCAUUGCUAUCCUCCUGGUCCAGUGAAAACUGAGCAUUCUGUUCAAUUUUGAUCUAAUGCAAAGAUUCGGAAACCCAAAUGGUAUGAAAUUGAGGAGUCACUGAGGGCUUUAGUUUCCUCUUACAGGAAAUGAGAAAGAUACCUGCCUGCAUAGAUGCUUAGAGAAACCAGAGGCCAUGACAGAUUCUGAGGACCCCAGGGUGAAAUGGUGCCAUUUCAGAGUGUAGAAGGAUCAGGCAGCUUAUGGAUGUAGUUUUUCUUGCAGAGCUCCUCCCGGUUACAGAAGUGCAUACAUUAAAGGUGAGCAUUUAUGUAUAGGCCAUGUGGCCAGUUUGGGUGUUAAUAGAAAUCCUAAGCCUGAAUUUAAUUCCCCCUUUUCCUUUUUGCUGUCAGUUCUAUUUUGUGUGGUAAGAUUGACGAGGCCACCCCCUGCAGAUGGAUGUUACAACGUUGGAAAGAGGGCUGAGUGUACUGGGGACCUUAAGUUAGGCCGAGAUGUGACAAGUGGCUUAACAGUCCUUCACUGCUCAGCAGAAGUUCUUAACCGUGCUUUUAGUUUUCUUGGAUGGUGACUGCUGAUUCUCUUCUUUGACCUCCGUGCUCUGCUUUCUGCUCUGGCCUGACCACAUCACUCCUGCUUGGUGUUAGUAUGCUUCUUGGCCCCUCACCCACACCUGUCAUCUGGGGAGGACUAGAAUCUCUUGAGUGGUGGUACUUGGAACAUCUCUGGCUCUAUGUGUAUGUGUAUGCUUCUUUAAAAGAAGGAAAAAAGUUUAGUUUUCUUGUGUAAGUACAUGCUCCCUGCAAGGGCCUCUUGGGUAUUUGGGGGUUAAUGGAUUUGGUUAUGUACACACUUGUUUUCUUACCAUUGUACUUCCCAUUUCCAGAUUUUUCCCCUUCCCCUUAAGGUAAGCUAUGACUUGCUCAGAAUAGAUUUUCUGAAACAGUAUUUAAACUCACCAUGCUCCCUUAGAGCAACUUUUCUUGAAAUGUAGUAGUUUCCAGCCAAAGUCUCCUUUUCAGUCAAACUGCUUUGAUGCCUCAUUUCAUUGUCUAUGUUUUGCCCCCUAACCUUAAAGUAAAAUGUCACUCCUCUUUCCUCUGUUCUCCUCCAACCAUUCCCUCACUACUCACAGUGCCAAACACUCUCAGACAGUUCUGCUGUCUUUUACUUUCCCAGGCUUGCAUUCUCUCUGCCUGCAUCCCCUACUUCAUACGUUUUAACUUUUGAAAAUGCCAGUAUAAUUUAUAUAAGCCCCUGUUAAUCGGAAAGUAACCUCUAACUUGUAUUUUCUUUCUUCUCUUCUGAUGUUCUCAUUGCAGGAGUCUGGUUGGAAGCAAAUGUUUUUUUAAUGGACUUGCAUCUCCUCACCUUGAUCAGGACUAAAGGACGGAGGCCGCUCCACCCCUUCCCCUUUCUCCAAGCCCCUAACCCCUUCCAGACACCCACAGGGAAUACCCUCUGCCCUGCAAGAUUGAAGAUUGCCUGGCAGCCCUCCCAGUCCCACUCCUGUUUGCCAGGGUAAAGAACCUAAAGACUUCAUGUGGUUGGGAGGGUGGCAGACAGGAAGAAACCAUGUCCAGGUCCCUGGUCUCCAUAGAGAACGGUGCUUUGUCCAAGGAAACGUAUGAGUUUCUGAUUCUCCAGGAGCAGUUCAGUGGUGAGGUUGAUGGGAAGACAUCCUUCCCAAAGGAAACGGAUCCUCCCUGUGGGAUCUAGGAGAGUGACUGGGUGUGCCAAAAUAUGCCCAGGGUCCUGCCCUCAGCACUAGGUUUGAUGGGGCGAAGAGGGUCCAAACCCCUUGCUAACAUACCACUUCUUUAACUCCUUUACCUGCCCAGCCCUUUGAGGAGGGACCAUGAGAACAGAAAUUACUUUAUGGAAAGCUUCUCCUGUUCUUGCUUUUCCCUCUUACUCAUUGACGGUUUGUUUCCCUGACCUCCCAGGGGGCUAAAACCCUUUUAACUCCCUGCUGCCCAGCCUGCUCAGUGGACUUGCCCCUCCUAAGCAGAGAAGGCCCAUGAGGUUGCUUUCUGCUGGGGAGCCUGGCAGAGCCAGUUACCACCCUCUACUGCUUCUUGCUUGGUUCGGUUGCCUCUUGCAAUAACCAGCUCCACUAGAUGUUCCCUUUCCCUGGGGCUUUUCCAUUUCACAUGUGGAGCCCUUCCCCCAAGAAGGCUGCUUCCUUGUUUUAGAGGAAGGUACUGCCAUUGGGAGUCGGGGACAUCGGACCUCAGCAGUGAAGAACCCUUGUGAAAUACUAGGAGUGGGGAAGGAGGCAAGUUGGGCGGGAUAUGGCCUACUUCCAUAGGCUUUUCUUUUUUCAGGUUUGAUGUGAGCAUGGGCUUGCAUCCUCCAGGUACAUACUUUUACUUAUUGUGGGAUAACCCGGCACUAGUAGGUAAAGUCACAAAUUUGGUAUUUUUUCACCUUUUGAAUUUUGACUUAAUAGCUCCCCUCGCUCUGCCUGGAGGUACUUGCUGCCUCUGAUAAGGAGCAAGGAAGAAGUGGAGCCUGACUUGAAUGAGCUCAGCUCAGAAUUCUAAGGACCACCACUCUGGGGGCCAUAUUCUACACAGGCAAAUGGAAUUGCUUUUCCCAUAACAUCCAAAUUGUGAGGCGGCUGCUGCUGAAAGAAGCAGCAGCAACAGGGUCCUGCGGUACCCACGGGGCGACAGAUGCUACUUCUUCACGCGUCUGUAGGGCACGCGACAUCGAACAGGAAACGUGGCACGUGGGAUGUAGGGUCGCUGGAGACCCUUCUGGCUCAGAGGGGAGAGACUGAGCUGGACCGAAGCCUUCCUCUGUUCCUUGCACGUUUCUGACAUAGCCCUCGCUCAGUCACUGAGGGAGUCCCCCAGGGUUGGAGAGGCACAUUCCCUUGGGACAGAGGCUACAGGUUUGUAGCUUUUUUCCCCCUGUCCCCCAACCCCAUCCCCACCUCCACUUCAGAAUAUGGCACCCUGCCCAGCCGGCCAAGCGUUAAGUGAUGUGCUUAUCCUCAAGAGCAGCUCGGGUGUCUUUUUAAUGUAGAGAAAACCAAGUAAGGUGACAGUUUAAGGAGAAAAAAAUAUAUAGAAUACCAGAAAAGCCGUUUACCCGGAGAAUUUUUUUCUCCCCAUUUUUGUUUUGUUUUUACUUGGUGACACAAUUUUUAGUUUUAUUUCCUGAUAGCAAAAGGAAAAAAACCCAACCCUCAAAAAGGCCAAGGCCCCGUCCCCCUGUUGUUGGUGAUUUGUUUGUCUUUCUGAUAGGUUGAAAAUUGUGUAAUAAACUUGAUGACACUGUCAAUCUUUUA